AUGACCAACCUGCCUACUAUCAUUACCUUUCAUCGUCAUGCCCGAGGCUACGCCAGUGGUGGCAUGUCAUAUGACCAUAGGUUUAGCGUCGGGCGACUUGGGCUUUACUCUAAGUGGUUAGAAUAUCCCUGUAGGUUCAAGUCCACGUCACAGCGGCAAAUUUUUAUAGUUAUAUAA